GACGCGCGCAGAGCAAACGUGCGCUUUUCACUUCGCUCAGAUUUGCAUCACAGCUGCUCGGACGAGCGCGCGGGUUCCUUCGGUGCCAAACGCACGCCGGCGCGCGCACUUCACCGUUCAGACGUCGUCGGUGUCGUUUCUGGAUCUCUGCUGAGCACGUGAAGUCGUUCUGGAACGGGUCUUUUUCCCUGAUCACACAGGCAAGAUUAUAUGUGUUUGUUUAUGAGCAUGAUGACAUGAGAACAGAGAAAUGUUCGUGAAGCGUUAGCUGGAGUACCGGUAAGUGGCACACAAACUAACUUCGGGUUUUUUUUGGCUGUAAGAGGUCUUACCGAGAAUCACCGUGCACGAGACAAAGCAAUGAUGGUCGCGCGCCGGCGAUGCAGCGUAAGAGAACUUGUGCCAAAAGUGAGCACCGACUAAUGAGUGCACAUGGAAGUCGCCAUGUUGUCGUGCAACACCACAGCGAUCAAAGACUGGAGCUUCUUCCUGUCUCACAUCCUGCCGCUUGUCAACCGGUCGGCCGGGCUCGUGCACCGCGGCGUGGAGGAGGCGGAGGCGGUCACAGUGGCCGUGGUGACCGUAGCGCUCGAGCCAGCCAGCCGCGCGCCCCCGGACUCCAACCACACGGAGCACGUGUACCAGUACUCGUACUCGGAGGGUGAUGUGCUUGUGCACGGUGGGCGCGAGCCACCCGACCGGGAGCCCAUUCCGCUGCCAAAAGCCGUGCUGUACCUACUGAUGGCGGCGCUGGUAGUGGUGCUGGUGGCCUACGCCAUAGUGGGGCAUCUGGUCAAAGAUCUGCUGCACGAGUUUGUGGAGUGGGUGUUUGGUCCUCGUUCGGCGAACCGCAGAAGUAAAAGCGACGUGAGCUGCAUCACGGCCGGCGGCAACCAGAUGAACGAACUCCCACGUCUUCUGGACACAAACUACGCUGCCCAGAAUCACUCAGGCUGCUCGAGCGCUGUGAAGCCUGAAGAACUGGUGGUGAACAUCGAUGAACCUUUACACCUCCCUGCUCCACCUCACACCGCUCAAGGCUCUCGCUCACACACACUCCGCCAUUUUGAUUUGAUCCUUCACCGUAAAGAUGGAGGGAGCGAGAGUGAGGAGGGGAAAUUUACUGCGAGGAAAUAAGGUGUGAGGUUACAGGGAUCUGAGCUACACACUCGCUACACACUCGCUACACACCCGCUACACACUCGCUACACACUUGAUACACACUCGCUACACACCCGCUACACACUUGCUACACGCUACACACUCGCUACACACUCGCAACACACUCGCUACACACACGCUACACACCCGCUACACACUUGCUACACACCCGCUACACACACGCUACACACUCAGUAUACACUCGCUACACACUCGCUACACACCCGCUACACACUCGCUACACACUUGCUACACGCUACACACUCGCUACACACAACACACUCAUUACACACUCAUUACACACUCGCUGCACACUCAAUACACACUCAUUACACACUCGCUACACACUGACUACACACUUGCUACACACUCAUUACACACUCACUACAUACUGACUACAAACUCAUUACACACUCACUACACACUUGCUACACACUCACUACACACUCAUUACACACUCGCUACACACUUGCUACACACUGACUACACACUUGCUACACACUCAUUACACACUCAUUACACACUUGCUACACACUGACUACACACUCAUUACAUACUCGCUACACACUCGCUACACACUCACUACACACUCGCUGCACACUCACUACACACUCGCUACACACUUUAGCUGUGGAACUGGAGUAUGACUGGAACAGUAAAUCCUGAUUGUGUGUGAAUGUACAUUUUCAGGACAUUUAAAAGAAGUGUGUGUGUGUGUAGCAUUUUAAAUCCAGAUUUUAAGACAUUCCGUUUUUCCUAUUGCAUCCCUCUUUUAUAACAAGUUUUGUUCAUUUUAAUCACACACACACACACACACACACACACACACACACACACACACACUGUGACUAUGCUGUGAUCCUUUCUGGUUUGUCUUACCACCAUGUUUUCUAACCCACACUCUAUACCUGUAAGUGAGUGCACUGAAGCGACCGAUCUGAGUUUGGGUGAAGACUCUGAUCAACUCCAUACAGACGAGCUGCACACUAACAGACUGUAAACACGCCUCUGAGCACAUGGACGACUCACUGAGGGAUUUUCAUAGAAGAUUUUUGAUAUAAGAUACAACACAGGAGACGGCGUCGUAUUCUGGAGCGCUUCAGCAGACAGAGAGAAGGUUCCAGAAAACCAGACGUCGACUCGGUGAAAGCGAAGGGAAAAAGAGCAGAGAGAGAAAACUACAUGGAUCUAAAUGUUUAGAGUUCUGUUAGUCAUCAUGCUGAGUGAUUUAUGGCUAUUUACUCUCUUUAAUAAGGGCUAUGUGCGUGUGUGUGCGUGUGUGUGUGUGUGUGUGUGUGUGUGUGUGUGUGUGUGUGU